UUGUUGCGAUUAGCCGAACACUGUGGUUCGCUACACUCCCUCCUCUUGUAUGAUAGGGGAAGCCGUGAUGGUCUCCACCAUUUCAUGAGCCAGUACAGGUCUACUCUUCGGAAGCUCGACCUUCGUCUACCUCUUGACCUCGACAACGAACACCUCUCCGCACGGAAUAUCAGGGGACUCGUAAGCCUUCGCCUCCAGAGCUGUUGCCUCGUCACCGGUGAAGGACUCAAGACCCUGAAUUCCACCGUCAACGCUGAGCUUGAAGAAUUGGCCCUCAUCAACUACGACGUCAUCAAGAGAGAACCUGGGUUGCUCACCACUUUGGGUCAGAGCCUCAGGGAGCUCCGUAAAUUGGAUUUGUCCUAUAACGAAAUGUUACGCGAUAAGGAACUCGUUUCCAUGCUCGUCUCCUGUAAGAAUCUGGUUGAUUUAAAUUUGAGAGGCUGCAGAAGGCUUAUGGGUGCUACUCUGCUUUCCAUGUUCAAAAGCUGCAAGCUUUUGGAGACCAUCGACAUCAAGCAGUGUUGCAGGAUUGAGGCUGACAAUGUUGAGUUCUUUCUUCUCAAUUCCUCAAGACUCUGACAAGUCCAUGUUGAAGAAAGCAAGCUCUCUGGUGUUGCGAAGACAUGGGCUUCCCAGAAAUUCAUCAAAAUUGUUGAUUGAUCGAAGAUUCAACUGUAAAGAACAGAAAUUUAAUUUUAAUGUUCAGAAUUUCAAAGUUUCAAAUCAAA